AUGGCGGCGUCGCUGCCUGAGGACCCCGCGUCGUGGGAGCCGGAGCCAGACGAGGGCCCGCGCACGCGGCGCUCGGGGUCCGGCUCCGGAGGAAUACUCAGCUACAUCAAGGAAAAAGUUUCCGGCAAAAUCGCGCAGAUUGCGUCCGCUUCCUCGUCCUCCGGCAGCGACCACGAGCCGCCACCAGAAUACGGGCCGCCGGUCGAGAGCUAUGACCACAAAUCCUUCGACAUCUGGAGUUUCAAGCGUGCACUGCUGUCUUCAUUGCUGCAGGCUGUAAAGGCCAUCAAGGGCGGCAUAAUUGCACUUAAGGGCCAGCUAAUUAAGGCAAAGGGAAACGUCAUUGAGGCAAAGGGACGUUUCCUGGCUGCCAAGGGUGAAGCCAUCUCAGAAUUCGGUAAACAUGUGGCGACCAAGGCAUUACUGGAAGGGGACCAUGAGGACGAACAUCCACACAGCCAUAGCAGCGCACCCAGCGGUCCUCCCAGCGGUUACGCUGUUGAGACUGUACACUCAGGUGGGUACUCGGGCCCGCCACCUCCACCUGUAUACGGGCCACCACCGUCGGCGCCAGGGCUGGUGUACGGCGCUCCCUUCGCCAAGAUCGCAAGGGCCGCUACGCCGCCUGCCCCUCAUCUUGACAAGCCUGGCCCAGGUGAGGUGCAGGCAGGUUUGCUGGUGCUGAAGCCCAUCUCGUUGCCAGAGCCGCGCGGACACUCGUCGCACUCCACUGCUGCCACGGGCCAUGUACCCGUCCUGGCGCCAGCACCUCCGCACAUCUUCCCCCCCACCUGGGUCUAUUAGAAGGUUCCACGUGCUGUCGCCGCAUAACGGAUGAUUCCUUCAUCAAUUCACCCAUUGCAACUGACGAAAAUCCGUUGACUGUUAUUGAUAUCACAGCGUCAUUCAUUUCUAUGAUUAGAUAUGUAGUCUCAUAUACGCUGAUAAUCUUAUACAGGAGCAUGGACUCCGUGUUCGACUGAAAAAAAGCAUAACAAAUACAUUUCGUACAUAUUUGGUGUAUUUACAAUUGUAUGAUACUAUUAACUGUUUGAGGCAUUAGAGUUUAUUAGGCACGCGUGACUGUAGAAAAAAAUAUUUAGACGUAUCUACGACAGUUUGUUCGAUCGAAUACUAAAUGUUGUUGACGUUCUAUCUUCUCUUUUCGACCUAAUCAAGUGUAGUCAUUUGUGAAGUUCUUUUCCGGCUCUUAAACUUAAUAAGUCGAUGCACUUU